AUGUCGCAGCUACACCAUUCCCGGCCAUACGAUGAGGAACUCAAUGGCAACAAACGCCGUAAAGUCAACACUUGUCUUCAAUGUAAAGCACGCAAAGUCAAGUGCGACAAGGUUCGACCUCUCUGCGGUCCUUGUCAACGACGACGCAUCCCCGCCGAUCGCUGUGUCUUUGCCGAUGAAGCAGAUCCAGAGACACUACAGCACUAUUUGGGCCCAGAAUAUCUCGCACAACAGGGUUACCAUCUGAGCGAACUCAACGCUCAGUCCACUGUAGCUCAGGCUAGCGACUUGUUGGCCUUCCAAGAUCCUCAAGCGAGGGCAGUUUUGGAUAGAAUCACAAGAGAGAUUCGUCAAGGUGAAGCUCCGGGUACGGUCAAUAGUGAUGGUCUUGCUGCUGCAGCUGUUGCGGCAGCAAGCGACGGCAACCUGAAUCCAGCAAUAGCCGGCACAAUCUUAGCUACCACUCCGGUUGCAGGCCCCAAUGGUGCCGGCGCCGCAGCCAAGACAGCAGCUGAGACUAUGCGCACACUCGAACCUGCGAACCUCUUUCCGUUUGCUUCUGAACCCACACAUGAACGAACAAAACUCAUCCUCGGUCUUCUACCCAAUGAUCACGUCGUCAAUGUCCUUCUCGACAGCUUACGCACUUUCGAGAGCAAAUCGCCGCUUGGGAUCAGCUGGCGUUUGAUUCGCAUCCAGCUCAUCAAUCUGCGUGGUGAUAUUUCAGAUUGGAGGACAGGUCAGGUAGAAGAACCUGAUGUCGAUCUCAGCUUCCUUGCUCUGCUCUUUGACCUCAUGGUCUCUGCCAUCGACUGCAAGCCAAUAGAAGAGAUCAUCAGUGAAGGAAUCGCUCUGACACCCGAACAGGUCCCAGAGAUGACAGACCGUUGGCACGCCACAUGCCAAGCUCUCUUGGCGAUGAGCAACUUUGUGCAUGAACCCAACAUGAACACCGUCUGCACCGAGUUUUUGUUCUACUUGUACGAGUUGCGCAGAGGACGAAGCAGGCUGGCACUGAAUCAUUUGCAAAGCUCCUUUUCCAGGGCAAAGUUGAUCUGCAUGCACCAACUCUCGUCUGCUCAACAAGACGCAACACGCUGGUUGGCCACUUCCGAGAGUGAUGAUCUGACGAUUCGUACAGGUGCAGUUACCGCCAUGCGCAAAGCUCAAUUCGAGGGAGGUGAAGUCUUUGCGAUUAGUGAAGAACAAACUCUUCUUGAUUCCAUCCGCUCCUCUUCUUCUUCUUUUUCUUCUUCUUCUUUUUCUUCUUCUUCUUUUUCUUCUUCUUCUUCUUCUUCUUCUUCUUCUUCUUCUUCUUCCUCCUCCAGUACGAUUCGUCGGAGGGAGCUUCUGCAAACCAACAUCCCCGACCGAACGCACUUAGUCCGAGAGGCAGCAAGAAUGCUCUUUGUCUCUCUCACAUGGCAUCUCGAGCUCGUCACACCAUCUCCACCCCUCGCCGACGCCAUCGGUGACUCGAUUUGGACCACUGAACUCGGCUCUAUCGAUGAAGCUCACCUCCCUGAUGGCGAAUCUGCCUCUCUUCCCUCUGGUCCAACACUCAGCUCGAUCUCUACGCACUUCUUCCAAUUUCUCGCAGCGUCAACCCAGUUUUUACUCCGAAAGAAACGACAGCAACCGCACAUAUCCCAAGUUGUUCGAGUAGAGCUUUUGGACGUGGUCUCAGAGUGGAACGGAAUCGCAGAAACCCAUCUGACCCGCAUCCGAGAACAGAUCGGAGCCGACAGAACAAUGCUCAACCACUUCUCCCUGCUCAUACACCACUGGACUCGCAUUCGCCUGCUUCGCCCAUAUUUCGGACAGCUGGAAGAAUCGCCCUCUCUAGCCGCAUCUCGAUCAACCCUAAUUGACUCGUGCAGAGAAGCCCUGUGGCAAGUCUCCAAGAUCGUCGCAUCCACUUCAGAUGUCCAUCUGUCCAUCUUCCACCCUCUCGUAUCAGCUAUCAAAACCAACGCUACCCUCAUUCUCUCUCUACAUUUGCUAGUCAGGGCAAACUUCAACGACUCCAACGGCACCGCCGAGUGGGCUCAAGUUCGCGACCUAGUCAAAGGCUCCCUUCCCCUCCUCUGGACCUCAGCAUUAGAGGCAGGACAUCACAGACUAGGAGAGUUCAAAGCAUGGAGAAAACAACUCCGCGCGAUGCUAGAAGAGAUUCUCACCGCCGCCUUCGAAAGAAAGCGAGUGGCGCUAGAAGAACAGCCUAGGAUCAAGAACGAAGAUGGCCAGUUACCUGAGAAGAAAGGUUUGGAUGCGGAGGAUAAGGUCGAAGACAGCCUGGGUGGGGUGACUGAGGAUAAUGCGCUCAAGGUAUAUAAAGCUGAGAUGUUGAAAGAGGGAGACCCGAUCUGGAGGCAUUCACUUGUAUUCGAUUCACUCGAAAGCUAUCUUCGAUCCCUCUAA